AUGCACAGCACAAGUGAGUCGAUUCAGGAGGUUGGAGAAGCGAGGGAAAAAGUGAGCAAGGUUAUGAUGACGUGUCCCACACUGGCACUUGACACUGCUCUUAAUCAAACUGGAGUUAGAGUUUCGCCUGAUUUAGUUGAAAAUAUUCUCAAGAGAUUUGAGAAUGCGGGCAUGUCAGCAUUUCGGUUUUUUGAGUGGGCAGAGAAGCAGAGAGGUUACUCACACAGUAUAAGGGCUUAUCACUUGAUGAUUGAAUCUUUGGCUAAGAUUAGACAGUACCAGAUCGCGUGGGACCUUGUUAAUGCCAUGAGGAAAAAGGGUAUGCUAAAUGUUGAGACUUUUUGCAUCAUGAUGAGAAAGUAUGCUAGGGCUAACAAGGUCGAUGAGGCUGUUUACACCUUUAAUGUGAUGAAUAAAUACGACGUGGUUCCAAACCUUGCUGCAUUUAAUGGUUUGUUAAGUGCUUUGUGCAAGUCCAACAAUGUAAGGAAGGCUCAGGAGAUUUUUGAUGCUAUCAUGGGUCGGUUUGUGCCGGAUGCAAAAACUUACAGCAUUUUGCUUGAGGGGUGGGGAAAGGCUCCCAAUCUUCCCCGAGCAAGGGAGGUUUUUAGAGAUAUGGUUCGCGCUGGGUGUGAUCCUGAUGUUGUUACUUAUGGUAUAAUGGUUGAUGUUCUUUGCAAAGCGGGGAGGGUUGAUGAAGCUGUUGAGGUUGUAAAGGAAAUGGAUGAGAGCAAUUGCAGGCCAACAUCUUUCAUUUAUAGUGUCCUGGUUCAUGCAUAUGGAGUGGAGCACCGUGUUGAAGAUGCUAUUGAUACAUUCCUGGAGAUGGAGAAGACGGGAAUCAAGGCUGAUGUUGCAGUUUAUAAUGCAUUGAUUGGUGCCUUUUGUAAAGUAAAUAAGUUUACAAAUGUGCAUAGGGUCUUGCAGGAGAUGAAGAUCAAUGGCGUUGCUCCUAAUUCAACGACCUGCAAUGUUAUUAUAAGCAGUAUGAUUGGUCAGGGACAGACUGAUAGAGCUUUCAGAGUUUUCCGCCGGAUGAUCAAGCAGUGUGAACCUGAUGCUGACACUUAUACAAUGAUGAUAAAAAUGUUUUGUCAGAAAAAUGAUCUGCAGAUGGCUCUGAGAAUAUGGAAGUAUAUGAAGUCAAAACAAUUUGUUCCAAGCAUGCACACUUUUUCUGCCCUUAUCAAGGGACUGUGUGAAAAGGGUGAUGCUGCAAAAGCUUGCGUUGUUCUGGAAGAGAUGAUAGAGAAGGGAAUUCGACCAUCACGUAUUACAUUUGGGAGGUUAAGACAGUUGCUUUUAAAGGAAGGGAGAGAGGAUGUACUCAAAUUUCUUAAUGAGAAAAUGAAUCUUCUUGUCAAGGAGCCUUUAUAUGAUUAA